CAACCCGCCGCCACGCCGCCGAUAAUCAGCUGAUCGCGACCAUUUGAGUUUUAGAAGCACUAUUCUUUCUCCGCUUCAUUAUGGCUGAAAAAAACCUGGAGGUGUUUGACGUGAUCCUCCACAAAAUCGAGGCGAUGGAGGAUCAAAUAGCGAACAGGAAGAGGAAGCUAGAUCAAGUGCACAAGGCUAUACGUGAAUAUGAGCGUGAGCGUAUCUCCCUCCUCACUGAGAAUAAAGAAAUGGAGGAGGGGAUUCUGCGCACACGCCGUAGCCUCAUCCAUACCCAGACUCGUCUGUCCUCCAACCUCCUUCUCCUCCGCCACCUGGAGAAGGAGAUGAUCAAGGUGGAGCAGGAGAGGAAAGAAUGUCUCCAGCAGUUGGAAGCCGAGAUUAGCAGAGAAAAGGAAGCGACAGGGGCGUGGACCAAGAAAAUGCUGAGGGACCACUACAGCAAGGUGAGGCUGGACAACCCUGCCAUUCCUGCCCGGCGGGAGGCCAUACUGCAGGAGGUGGCACAGCUGACCUUGGAGGAGACGAGACAGAACUGUGAGAUCAAAGUACUCGAGGACAUGGACAAGGAGAGAGAGAAACUGGAGAAGAGAGUCAAGGAAGAGGAGGAGGAACAAGAGGAGAUGAGACGCUCCAUAGCAGAACUGAAAGAGAAGUCCGAGUCUGUGAAAAGUGAGACUCGCUUGUUGGAGGAAAGGAGAGAUUCAUUGUACCAGUGCCCCAGUGAAGAGCAGGAGGAGGCAAAAGGACUUAAAGACAAGCUGAGUGACCUGCAGCAGGAGAGGGAGUACCUGAUGGCAGCACUGGAGGCCAUGAAGGAGGAGUGGAAGCAACUGGUGGAUAAAUAUGGGUUGUCUGAGUUACCUGAAGGAACCCCAAAUUCCCACUCCACAAGUCACAAAAGACCAAAGGGCAGCAAGGAGCCAUUAGCAGACACCAUCCUGAAGAAGCAAAGGACCCACAUACCCUCCACCUCCUUCAGUGCAUCUCCAACUGAACAGGGACAUGAAAAUUCCAACCUAGACAUGGAUGCGGAGGAAUACAUCAAUGAAAUGCUGAGGGACAUCAACUGGGGUAAUGAAGGUGAUCUCUCAGACACUCACGCUCAUCCCAAUGAUGGAGGGAAGGGCGUGACUGCAGAAAAGACAAGGACCUCAGGAAGAAAGACUGGUCCCUCUCCCUCCACCCCUCGCACCUUCACUAGGAAUCCUGCACCACCCACACCAGAUCCUUCAAAUGAGAGACGUCCCCUCCUACAGCACAUCCUGGCCAACCAGCCACCCCCUACUACCCAUCCAGCCACCACAUCCCAACAGGAGGCACAAACAACACCUGUACCAUCAAGACAACACCAGCACCACUCACUUAUCACCACCACCUCUUCCAUUGCUUCUUGCUCCUUCUCUUCCUCUAGUGCUCAAUACCCUUGUUCCAACACAACCACCACACAUCAAAUGUAUCCUAGAUUUACUCCUACUCUUCCUUAUGCACGUCCUUCCCAAUCCCAUCACAUGUCCUCUCAGCAGCCUCUUCCUCGUCCUCGUUCUUCCCAUCCUCUCCCACCUCCUUGUCCCUUUGUUUAUGGUCUUCCAUCUCUCCCUCAUCCUCACUCCUCUGCUACUGGUGCCUUGCUUCCUGGUUCUCAGAGUGGUCCUCAAAGAAGUAUUUCAUCAAAUCUCAUGCAGGAGAAAGCGAGAUGCAUCAACCCUGUUCCUUCCAUCUCCUCAUCAUCCUCCUCCUCACUGGUGUCUGGCCAGCACUUUCAGAGACCCACAGGAAUCACAGGAUUAACUUGGCAGCAUCCCAUGCACUCUACAGUUACCAAGGCUGGCACACAGUGUACCUUCAACACCCUGGAAAGUGUUGCACCUUCUGCAAGGACAUCUCUGGUGCAGACACUGAGGCCCUCCCAGCAGGCAGUCAUCACCAAUCAAGGGGCAAGGGGUGUAAGGCUGUCUAGUUUUGCCAGCACCACAACACCAAGGCUUCGUCAUCAUGCAACCACCACUCCUGUCCGUAGCUCUGUGUUGCCAGCACAAAGUACCCCAGUGGGAAGGGGACUGCAGAAGCCUCAGGGACUUCAACAGGGGAUCCAGAAGCAGCAGCAAGGAUACAAGUUUGGAAUGUGGAAGACCUCAAUGAAACUCACCUCGCCUUCCAGACGUAGGAUCAGAUUUAACGAGACAGCAGAGGUGCUUGGGACACCUGACAGCACUGAUGGGCGCUAGGCAGGACCUUUCAGGAGGAUGAGAGUGACACCUACAUGAAGUGGAAAACAAAGGAAAAUGGAGACUAACUCAUAUUAGAGGAUGAUGACAAAGAUAAGAUUUGAGACAGACCCCUUUAUAGGAGAAGAGAAACACAAACAGUUUCAAAAGGGUGACACUUAAUUACCUUCAGGAAUCUCAGAGAUGGAGAGAGAGCUGUUGAAACAAUUUGAACCAGCUUUUGGAAAGACAUAAUACAAACAUGUAGAAGAAUUACAACUCAAUUCAAGAGAGGAAAGAAGGAAGGCCAUCAUUUCUUCAGGGCAAUAAAAAGGUUAAUGAUUCCUGGCAA